AUGGAGGUCGAAGAUUUCAUGGCUGUUAGUCCUUCAACGGUAGUUGAGCUGAAUGUUUCUCCAGAUAGCUCUAUGAAGAUUGUAGACUACUCCCAUAGACACAGCUUGGUUAUUUCCGAUCGCGCAAGCAGCCCUAACUCUCGCCACAGUGGUCGUGUGAGCUGUCGCUCGAGCGUUCGUGACGAGGCACAAACCUCUGACGAAUUAUUUCGGAAGCAGCGGGUCGUCCGUUGUAUGCAAAUCGAACGUGAGCGCGCGGCCCGGUCGAAGAUGGAAAGAGCUGAACAUGAUGAUUGGUUGCGCUUACGUUCUGUAGAGCGUUCCGAGGUGGUCAAGCACAUGACAGAUGAACAGAUAGUUGAGCUGCUGCAGCGCGAGGCCAGGGAGAUUGAGAGGGAACGACUGGAGGCGGAGGAAGCUAUUCGGCGUGGGGUAGAAGAGGCUGCCGCCCGUCAGAGACAGAGAACAAGCCAAAACCUGAACAACCGUAGCAGCACCGAGUUUUCACACCGCGGGGGGCAAAGACCACUGGCGUCAGAUAUAGCCAAUCGAACUUGUACGGACAGUGGGGAUACCGUUGGUGACCGGAUGAGGGCUUCAGCAGAUAUCAAAUCGGUGACAAAGCUAUUAGGCCCGCAAAGAGCGGGAACGGAGGCAGGGUCGAAGGCAUUGACUAAACCGUCAACCGCAGCGGUGGGGAAGUUUCCCCAGGCACUGGCGACGGCAGCUGACGUGCAUUUAACUUCUGGAGACAAGCUUACUCCCAAAGGGAGCACAACCCACGUUCGAGGGGAUGAGCCUCCCGGCGCCAAUAACUCCGCUACCACUACAACAGCUCCAGUGACUGAUGUCGCAACCUCAACGAGGUCCAGGCCGGAGCGUUUAAGUGAUAUUGUGACAAAGUUGCAGCGGGCGCAAGAGGAUGCCCUCGCGCUGAGGGGAGAAAUGAAGAGCCUCAAACAGGCUCAACAAGAGGCGGAGAUGAGGUUUCGGGUGGAGUCGGAACGAGCGGACAAUGAGGCUAAGGCGAAGCGGAUGUUUGCCAAACGAGCAGACACGUACAAAGCAAGUGUAGAGGAGUUGCAGAGAAAGACAGCUGAAGUGGAGGCGGAACUUCGAACGCUAAGGCAGAGGGAGACAAGGAAUCAGACAAUGCAGAAAGUAAAGGAUGAACUAAAGAUGGCAACGGAACAAAUUAGAGCACUUGAAGAAGAGAACAAAGAUUUGAAAGACAGACAGCAGGAACUGUACAAUGAGAAUGCGAGGCUUUCGUCCAAUGUCAGAAGGAUAUCUGGCGCGUCGCAAGGCGAGUUGCUCCCUGAAUUUGAAGGCAUUUUCGAAGGCGUAUCAGGCGAUAUGAACGCUUCCGGGUCGGAAAUGGGGAACACGGGACAAGACAGAGAGGCUCUGGGUUCUUUUGUUGUUAAAUACAACAUGUUGGUCGAUCAGUUCGAAGAACUUCAGAGGCAAUCUGCCGAGCAGCAACUGGAAAUACAGCGCAUUAUCUCUGAGAACAAAGGACUUAAGAACCGAUCUCAAGGGCAGCCCCCUGCGGCAUCGAAACGCCAACCGGUUUCCGAAGCAACCGUGAGGUCGGAAGGAGCGUCCGGCGACGGAAAGGAAAUGGAGCAUCUGAGGUGGGAGGCGAGGAAGUACAAACAAGAAGCGAUUGAAACCCGCAAGGAGCUAAAGGCACUAAAAGAGUCUUCCGAAAACGAAAUUUCAUCUCUGAAGGAAUGGUGUGAACGGCUGAAGGUGAAGUGCAAACGGCAGACGGAUGACAUCAAGAAGUAUAUGUCGCAAAAUAAGGCUGUGGAUGCAACCAAGGGUGAAACAAAAGAGAAGAGCCCAGACACUGCUGAAGAUGUCGAUGGAGCAAAGGCGGCAUGUGCCGCUGAGGUCGGUCGGCUUCAGGAUGAGAUUUUGCAACUGCGUUCGCGUCUAAGCGAAAGCACAAAGAAGGAGCAGGCCGCCAUUUCCCUUGCUGAGUCACUAAAAAGGGAAAAAGUCGACCCUUACAGUCGUGACAAAAGGAAGGAGGAGGAACUCCAGAGGCAAGUUGAUACACUUACUAGGACGGUGAAAGAACGGCGAGAAGCGGAAGCUCGGUGGAAAGAGUCACAGCAAGCCACUGAGAAUGAAUUGAAGAGUCUUCUGGCGGAACUUACGGCCAGCCACAAGACAAUAGAAAAUUUAAAGCACGAAGUGAGCUCGCUGCGAGAGGAACAAAAGGCAUGUACCCCUUUGAAGCAGGAGCACAGUGACGAAAAUGCUGAGUUGCGGUCGACUGUCACAGCUAUCAAUACAGAAAAUGAGGAGCUACGUGAGAAAAUAGCAACUCUCCAGAAGGAGCUUGAAGAGUUGAGGCGAAGGUAUAUUGAUUUGGAGAGGGAAGCUGAGGAACGCAAUGCCAAUGCUCAGAAGGAAAUUAACGAACUCAGGCGUGAGAAUGAAAACUUGAGGCGUCCCCCUGCAACCAAGGUCAAUAGCAACAAAUGUUGCCAAUAG